CUGUCCUCUUUGGGUUUAGAGACCGUAACGGGUUUCUCUGCCUCUGUCUCGCCUUCCUCGCAUCGUUACAUUUGAAUUUGAUUUCAACUGGGUUUUGAUUAUUUUGGGCACUUCCGCCCUUAUCUUGAUUCUCUGGUCUUCGAGGUUUCUGGCUCUCAAUGGCGUCUUUUCUUGUUUCAGGUGGCUUAGGAGCUUCAAAUGUUAAGCUCUUGAAGUUAGACUUUGGUAGAUCAAGAGUUGGUAACGUACAACAAAGGAAUGACUUGGGAGCAUGGUUUGGCCAGAGACCAUCGAAACAUGCAAGGUUGACUAUGUCGCGGCAUUCUGAUAAACCGCAGAGAGUACGUUGCUCUCCAUCGCUGGUAGCUGAGACUGCUACAAGUUUGGCUGAUGGUGACAAAGAUACUAAAUCAUCUCCUUUGACAAGCCAGCUCAUUCCAAAUUCAUCUGAGGUGGAAUCUCUUCUUACAGAAAUAUGCAAUACAACUUCGGUUGCAGAAUUUGAAUUGAAUCUUGGUGGAUUUCGGCUAUAUGUGCUGAGGGACUUGGCUGCGAAAGAUUUACCUCCACCUCCUCCUAGUCCUGCUCCUGUCAGCGUAAAUACUACUGCGGAGUCACCCAAUUCCAAUGAGCCAGUUUCUACUCAAUCUUUGGCUCUUGUCAAACCUGCAACUUCUUCUGUGAGGAUUCAGACAUUUCUUGAGAGAGCUGCAGAUGAAGGCUUGGUAAUUCUCCCAUCUCCAAAGGUGGGGUUUUUCAGGAGAUCUCGGACUAUCAAGGGAAAGCGUGCUCCACCUUCGUGCAAAGAGAAGCAAAUAGUGAAGGAGGGUCAAGUGGUUUGCUACAUUGAACAGCUUGGUGGUGAAAUUCCAAUUGAGUCGGAUGUGUCUGGAGAGGUCAUCAAAAUACUACCCAAAGAUGGGGAUCCUAUUGGAUAUGGUGACGCGCUUGUUGCAAUUCUUCCAUCUUUUCCUGGUAUUAAAAAGCUUCAGUAGACGGUGCAGUUUGUUUUUCACCGUGAAACAUUAGUGGCAGCAAUACUGAGAGAGUGAAUUAAAAGGAGUCCUUAAACCAUCUUUAGUACAGAAUCUGUGCCUCUUGGUGGUUGCAGUUAUAGGCAGAAGAACCAUGUGUGCCUUUUCUUCUUUUUGUUCUUUUGUUUUCCUUAGUUCCAAAGGUUACAAUUUCUGAUCAAGAUUACAAUUUGUGUUUUUUUUUCCCCUUUUUCCUGUUGGUUAUUUCUGUCAUAGUUGAUAGGAGGUUACGUUGAUAUGAACAAUAUUGUUUUGGGAGAAGACCAAAUCUCAAACAAGGUCUUUUUUGA